AUGAAGCCAUAUUUCGCGUCUUCAGUCACUACUCACAUAAACCUUGACACAUACUUAUUGACAUCUAUCUCAGCCUGUUCAUAUCUAUCUAUCUAUCUAUCUAUCUAUCUAUCUAUCUAUCUGAAUUUGACCAAGAUCCCUAUCAACCUGUUCCAGGCUUCAUUUAAAACAGUCAUGGCCAGGAUGCUAUUUGUGAUUUUCAUGUGCUUCAUGUUCUAUCAUGAAACAGCUGGAAAUCAUUGCCAAAAUCAGGAGCUCCUCUGCAACGAUGGCAAAUGUAUUCCCGUGGCAUGGAAAUGUGAUGGCGAGGAAGACUGUAGGAAUGGAACGGAUGAAAAAGACUGUGCUCAACGGACAUGUGGCGAGACUGAAUUCCUUUGUCAAAAUGGUCACUGUAUUCCCCGCAGAUGGGAAUGUGAUGGAGAAGAUGAUUGUCAUGAUCAUUCAGAUGAGGAUCAUGAUAUGUGCUCCAAACAUGUUUGUAGAGAAGACCAAUUCUCUUGUGAAAACGGACAUUGUAUCCAGUUGACCUGGGUUUGUGAUGAUCAGAAGGAUUGUGAAAAUGGAAUUGAUGAACUACAUUGUAAUAAAAAACAGUGUAGUAGAGAUGAGUUUCGAUGUAAUGAUGGAAAAUGUAUCAAUGCCAAAUGGGAAUGUGAUGAUGAGGCUGAUUGCGAUGACAAAUCAGAUGAGAAAGAUUGUGCACCUCAUACCUGCCCUCCAACUGAUUUUCAGUGUGAUAAUCGAACCUGUGUUAGUCAAUCCUGGGUAUGUGAUGGAGAUGUUGACUGUACUGAUCAUUCCGAUGAGAUGAACUGCACGGUAACUGAGAACAAUGGUUGCACAAGUACGGAUUUUAUAUGUGCCAAUGGCAGGUGCAUCACCAAAUCCUGGAAGUGUGAUGGAGACUCAGACUGCGCUGAUCUUAGUGAUGAAAAAGAUUGUAUUCACCAGUGUGAUUCCGACCAUUUCUUAUGUGAAGAGUCUAAGCAGUGUAUUCAUAAAUUUCUCAAAUGUGAUGGAGCAAAUGACUGUCCACUUGGAUCAGAUGAAAAGGAUUGCCAAACAGAGGAAACCUGCUCUGACGAAAUGUUUGACUGUAAUGGAGACAAGAAGAAAUGCAUUCAUCGUGACUUAGUAUGCAACUAUAUUAAUGACUGUGGUAAUUGGAAUGAUGAAGCAUCAGAACUCUGCAAUGAGAAGUUUCCUUGCAAAGACAAUAAUGGUGGUUGUGACCAGAAAUGCAUCAACCUUCACCAUACUCAUCGUUGUGAUUGUUUUCCGGGAUACAAGUUGGUUGGCAAUUCCACUUGUGAAGAUAUUGAUGAGUGUCAAAUAUUUGGAAAGUGUUCUCAGAACUGCGAAAACACAAAAGGUUCAUACAAAUGCAGCUGCAUUGAUGAAUAUGAACUUCAUGGAAGGAACUCCUGCAAAACAAUUGGUCCACGACCAUGGUUGAUUGUUUCCAACAAAGCUAAUGUCCGUCGACUCCACCUUGGAAGACAUGAAUACAAACUUGUUUAUGGGGACAGUGAUAGUGCUAUUGCUGUGGAUUUUGAUUAUUUGGAAGGAAUGGUUUACUGGACAGAUGUCAGUAGUGAAAAGAUUAUGAAGAUCCCAUUUGAAAGUCAGUCUGUGUUGGACACUGCUGAAGUGGUUAUAGACAAAGGCCUCAAACGUCCAGAUGGUCUGGCCAUUGACUGGAUUCACCAUAACAUUUAUUGGACAGACACUGGGGCUGGAAGAAUUGCAGUUGCAAAUAAAAGUGGCCACCAUGUGAAGACGCUAAUUAAUUCUGAACUUGCGGAGCCUCGUGCAAUAGCUGUGGAUCCCAAAAGUGGGUGGUUUUACUGGACUGACUGGGGCUACCCUCCUGUAAUUGAGAUGUGUGGUAUGAAUGGAAUGUACAGACAUGUCAUUGUCACGAAUCUUCGAUGGCCAAAUGGAAUCACUAUUGAUUAUGUCAGUGAACGCCUUUACUGGAUUGAUGCCAAAUCACAUCAGAUCGAAAGCUCCAAUAUGAUUGGAGGACAACGAAUUACCAUUUUGCACAGCAAUAAACAAAUCCAGUUCCCAUUUGCAAUCACUGUCUUUGAGGAUUCUCUCUACUGGACGGACAGAAAUACCGAAACUAUUUGCACAGUCAACAAAUUCACUGGAUCAGAUUAUAAUCAAUUUGGACUUGAAUUACGAGAACCAAUGGGCAUUAAUGUUUACCACAAGUCACGACAACCUUUCUCUAAAAGCCAUUGUGGGGAUAACAAUGGUGGAUGUCCUCAUCUCUGCUUACCAGAUCCGCAUAAUUCCACCGGAAUCCAUUCCAGAAUAACCUUUAUGUGUGUAUGUGCGGACGGAUACAUCUCUAAAAAUGAUGGCCAUGAAUGUAUAUUAGCGCCUGCUCCUACUAACACCAGUAUCACAGAAGUAAUAACGGUCCCCAAAGUGACAGUAGAGACGACAACCACUCAGAACCAGACAACAAAUGAAGAUGACACAAAUGUCACCCAAAUGCCUGGUGGCAAUGUGGCCAACCAAACAACUCCAAUGGUGAUGCAGAAGAAACGAGAAAAUGUUGGCAAAAUUGCUGGCAUUGUUACAAGUGUUCUACUUAUACUGAUUGUAAUCAUAUCUGUAGUUGGUUAUAUUGGAUACAAAUCUCUGCGCAAACGAAGGACAAAGCACAUGAACUUUGACAACCCUGUUUAUCGAAAGACAACCCAGGACCGAAUCAUGUUGGAGAGGAACCCAUCUACUUUGCAGCCAUUGAAUGCAUAA